ACGUCAAGGGUAUGCCAAUAAAUAAAACAUUUAUCGAGUUUAAAUGCCUAUGUUAUAAAAUACUGUUUUAUAAAACAGUUCACUCGACAAAUAUAUGUUGAUAGCCUCGGAGGGAAUUAGAACUAAAUUGAAGUUGAAAGAAGUCUGGUUAAGCAGUAAUUUAUAUUAUAAAAAAUAAUUUCUUACAACGUGAAAUCAAAAUGGAAGAAGUAUUAAAGGAAAAUUAUCUAAAAUAUGAUAAGAUACCAAAGAAUUGGACUGCACCUCGUUCAAUUGGAGCGGCAGGAGUGGUCAUUGGGAUUUACUUGCUGGUCGUAUUAAAAUGGCUUCCCGCCUUCAUGGUGAAAAGGAAACCAUUUCAAAUGAAACCACUAUUACUAUCUUAUAAUAUCUUUCAAGUUGUCUUAUCCGGAUACAUGACGUAUAUUUAUGCAGAUUACGUUUGGAACUUUGGUAUAUUUCCAUUCAGAUGCCCACAAAACAAUCCAGAUAUUAUUGGCGCAGCAGCGAACAAUAUUUAUCCAUAUUUCGUGGCGAAGCAUUUGGACUUACUUGACACAGUGUUCUUUAGACUUCGUAAGAAGGACAAUCAGGUGUCUUUCCUUCAUUUAUAUCACCACAGCAUAAUGGUAUUGUGGGGUUGGCUGUACUACAUGUACCUACCGACGGACCACUUCGUUAUCACCGGCCUAUUGAACAACUUCGUGCACGUCCUAAUGUACAGUUAUUACGGCAUUACUUGCCUAGGACCUCGCUUUGUUAAAUAUGCUUGGUGGAAGAAACACUUGACAAAGAUACAACUGGUGCAAUUUGUAUUAGCGGUGACAAAUCUGUACUUCCAACAAAAGUGGACCCCAUGCCCCUUGCCUCUUGGUUUCCAUUACUUUGCAUCAGGAACAUUAAUGUCAUUUUUCUUCCUCUUCCUUAAUUUUUACUUUAAAAGUUACAAAAUGCGUAAAGAUCUCGAAAACAAACAAAAGGAUAUAGAUAAUAAAUCAAACAUGGGCAAUAUGAACGGUAUCAAAAGCAGUUACAUAUCAGAAAAAGAAUUCGAAGCUGCAUUAUUUUCACCUUUAAUAACUUUCUAG